AUGUGGAUCACUCAAUAUAUUUGUCUAUGCCUGACCUUUAACUGUAUCUCUGCAGAUUCAGUACUCAGUUCAGUUAACUGUCAGCUUCUGGGACGCUUCAAGUUGAACGGAAUGUACCAGGACGGAGACCUUGUCAUUGGAGGCCUGUUUGAGGUUCACUUUCUUACAGUGUUCCCAGAGCUGAGCUUCAGAACUGAGCCGGAACCACCAUACUGUGAGCAAUUUGAUAUGGCAAGCUUUCAGCAGGCACAGACUAUGGUUUUUGCAAUAGAAGAAAUCAAUAAAGAUCCCAGCCUGCUGCCUAAUGUCACCCUUGGUUACUAUCUUUAUGACAAUUGUGUGAAGCUUGGAGUGGCAUUCAGGGCUGCUACAGCUCUGGUUAGUGGGAUGGAGGAGUCCUUCUCCAACCUCAACUGCACCGGCCCACCACCAGUAAUUGCUCUUGUAGGGGAUCCCGGUUCCACUCACUCAAUUGCAAUCUCCAGUGUACUGGGGCUGUUCCGAAUGCCCAUGGUUAGCUACUUUGCCACCUGCUCUUGUUUGAGUGACAGGAAUAAGUACCCCUCCUUCUUCAGAACUAUCCCCAGUGAUGCCUUCCAGGUGCAGGCUAUGGUUCAAAUUCUGAGGCAUUUUGGAUGGACCUGGGUUGGCCUGCUCUACAGUGAUGAUGACUACGGCAUUCAUGCUGCUCAGUCCUUCCACCAAGAUGUGCAGCUAUUUGGAGGGUGUGUUGCUUUUUCUGAAAUACUGCCCCGUGAUAACAACCGCAACGAUAUCCAGCGCAUAGUACAAGUGAUUCAGGCCUCUACAGCCAAAGUGUUGGUGGUGUUCUCCACCGAGGCCUAUUUGUUGCCACUGAUGGAUGAGGUGGCAUUGCAAAAUGUGACAGGAAGGCAAUGGAUUGCAAGUGAAGCUUGGGCCACCUCACCUGUGUUUCAAACGCAGCGUCUUUUGCCCUUCCUGGGAGGCACUCUGGGCAUCGCCAUUCGCCGUGGAGAGAUCCGGGGACUUCAUGAAUUUUUGCAACACCUCCGUCCUGACAGCAAUUCCAAAAACAAUAUGGUAAGAAUCUUCUGGGAGAACAUGUUUGGGUGCAGUUUUGAGACAGGAAACAGAGAGAAAGGGGUACAGAGGUGUACAGGGCAAGAGGAUCUGAGCAGCACAGACACAGCUUACACUGAUGUAUCAGAGCUGAGGGCCUCCUAUAAUGUGUAUAAGGCAGUAUAUGCCCUGGCACAUGCCCUCCAUGAUCUGAUGCAGUGUGAGGAGGGGAGAGGGCCAUUCAGUGGGAACAGCUGUGCUGACAUAAACAACCUGCAGCCCUGGCAGGUGGUCAAUUAUCUACAAAAAGUGAACUUCACCACAGGCUUUGGGGACCACGUGUCAUUUAAUAAGAAUGGGGAUGCACUGGCCAUUUAUGAUGUGAUGAACUGGCAGCCAAGUUCUGAUGGCUCAAUAAGGGUCAGCACAGUUGGUGUGGUGAAUGAAGGGGACUCAGUAGGGAGGGUGCUCACACUUGAAGAGAAUAAAAUAUUCUGGAACUUUGAGACCAAAAAACCCCCACAGUCUGUGUGCAGUGAGAGCUGCCCACCAGGCACCAGGCGAGCCAGGAGGAAGGGCCUUCCUGUUUGCUGUUUUGACUGUCUGCCCUGUGCAGAUGGGGAGAUUUCUAGUACAACAGAUUCUAUUGAGUGCACAGUAUGUCCAGGUGACUCAUGGUCCAAUCCAGAACAUACUUACUGUAAUCCCAAAGAAGUGGAGUUUCUAUCCUAUGAGGAUCCGUUGGGCAUCUCGCUGACAACUGCUUCUCUGCUUGGCACCUGCUUCUGUGCUCUUGUAAUGAUUAUCUUCGCCAAUCACCAUAACACUCCUGUAGUACGUGCCAAUAAUUCAGAGCUCAGUUUCCUGUUGCUGCUCUCACUCAAACUGUGUUUCCUGUGUGUCUUACUGUUCAUUGGCCAGCCACAGUUGUGGACGUGUCAGUUAAGACAUGCCAUGUUUGGCAUUAGCUUUGUUCUGUGCGUCUCCAGCAUCCUGGUCAAGACUAUGGUGGUAAUAGCUGUGUUUAAGUCAUCUCGGCCGGAGGGCAAGUCUGCCAUGAAAUGGUUUGGGGCUGUCCAGCAAAGAGGGACAGUCUUGGUCCUCACUGCCCUCCAGGUCGUGAUAUGUGCAGUCUGGUUGUCAACUGCCUCUCCCACACCCCAUAAAAACAGUCAGUAUAUCAGCUCCAAAAUAGUGUAUGAGUGUGCUAUUGGCUCAGUGGCUGGAUUUUCUAUGCUGCUGGGCUACAUUGGUCUGCUAGCAGCAGUAAGCUUCAUGUUAGCCUUCCUUGCAAGGAACCUUCCAGAUCAUUUUAAUGAAGCCAAAUUCAUUACCUUCAGUAUGUUGAUCUUUUGUGCUGUGUGGAUUGCAUUUGUUCCAGCGUAUGUCAGCUCACCAGGGAAAUAUUCUGUGGCUGUUGAGAUUUUUGCCAUUCUGGCUUCCAGUUUUGGAUUACUCGUGGCUAUAUUUGCCCCAAAGUGCUACAUCAUCCUUUUACAUCCAGAAAGAAACACUAAAAAAGCAAUCAUGGGUAGAGCCACACAAAAAAAAUAA